GUCUAUCGCGUGGUGAUGACUGCGAACUCGCGGCUGCACCGUCCAUCCACACUCCAUCAGAUUCGAAGUGUUGCGCUGUUGUGAUCUGCGAGGUGAAGGGAAGCUGCUCGCACAACAGACCAGGCAGAGCGCGGUUCUUCAGUUUUCUCUCUCUUCUUGCCGUCAGCCACCCUCUUCUCGGCGGCCUCGCUGCACGCGCGCACAUCUAAAUUCGAGACUCCGUUGCCAAAGCGCAGGAGUCGUCUCUUCAUAACUCACUAUGACAACUUCCUCGUCACUCCCGCCCCCGACGGCGGCUCCUGUCCGUUAUUAUAUUCUUGUGUGGGCAGCGGAGCGAGAGGCGCCACUCUACGCCUGUCCGUCGCACACGCUAUCGUCGUCGUCUUCCACUUCAUCGGACACGCUGACACCGUCCAUCAACGCCGUUGCGUUGUACCGCCUCUUCGCUUCUCUCGCCCUGCUCUCUGCUGCGUCGCCGGAGGAGGACGGAGCACCGCGCCUAUCGCACGUGUCGCUCAUUUCUUCCACCGUGUUGGGUGGGCGAGAGAGUGGCGGAAAGACGGGGCGCCCCCAUCUCCCUUGCGUGUUUGCGGCUACUCCGCUAUGCUGUGUGGCGGUCCUCGCAGCCGCAGCCGAGGAAGGCAACUCCCCCACCGCGUCGAGCGACUUGCUGAAGUGGGUUGCGGUGGGCGUGCUAGCGUCGCUGCAGCCCGCUGCGUCGAGGGUGAAUACCGCAACGCUGCACGCAGGAACACCUCCGCUGCGGCAUCGCGGUCUUCCCCACACGCCUCUGGGCACCCAUCCAGACUUGUCCGCACAACUCGCCCAUUUCUGGGAGCAGGAGAAAGCGAAGGCAUCGGCAGCUGCUGCGGCGAUGGAGGCGUACGGCGCACGUGAAGUACUCGCAGAUGCGCACAGCAGCUUCUCACUGAAGUCGUUUCUGGAAGUAUCGCGCACGACGAGCGAAGGCAGUGAGGUGGCACCCGUUGCAGCGGCGGUGCAGCUCUACCUCACCCGCUGGUGGGUGCCUUUCGUCCUUUCCGCUCCUGGGAGCCCAUUCCAGCUGCACUUAGCCGGGUACUUCGCUGUAAACAACGGCCCUGCAACGGCAGAGAAGGUGAGGGUAGCCCUCUCACACCCUGCGGUGGCGCUUCCGCCGCUCGCCUGCUCUCCCCAAUACGCCGCAGCCAUCCAGCUUCUCGCCUCGUUCUGUCAGGCGCAUCAGCAACGCGGAUUGCUGACUCAAGAGGACGGCAGCACUGCUGUCGUUGUCCUACGCCUGAAUGCCACCACAGCAUUGACGGCACUGGACACCGGCGCCGCAUCCGGAGGCGACGUGCGAGUGUUUCAAGUUGCUGUUGUGUGCGACAGUGCACGCAUCAAGGGCAGCGGCAGCGGUGACGGCAAUGGACAGCGCUGCCCGUCCUAUCAGGUGUGUCACGUGGACACCGCUCGGCUGAUGCGUGACAACUGGACAUUGUGGUCCAACCAGGUGCUACGAGAGAUGUUGUAG